UUUAUCGGUAUCGCUAGAUGCCGUUACUAGUUCUGUUUACUUGUAGUUAUUCGCAUGUUAUUCGUUUCGCGAUUGCGUUCGUUAUUAGUCGGAUAAACUUGUCAAAGUGUUGAAUUGUAAGAAUGACUUCCAAAGGGAUCGAAAAUGUGAAUCCACAGUUAUUUACGAAGAAGACAAAAAGAGAAAUAACAAGUGAAGAAGAAGAUGAAUCAGUAGAGGAUCCCAUAGAUGAGAGGGAAAUAUUCGAUUUGCUAAGGGAUAUCAAUGAUCCUGAGCAUCCUAUGUCACUUGAAGAACUGAAUGUUGUACAAAUCACGAAUAUAGAAGUUGAUGACAAAAAAAGCAGUGUUAAAGUCUUUUACACUCCAACAAUCCCUCAUUGCAGCAUGGCAACUUUAAUAGGACUGUCCAUCAAAGUGUGUCUUCUCAGGUCUCUACCACCUAGGUUCAAAGUUGAAGUAAACAUUUCCCCAGGUUCACAUGCUUCAGAGGAAGCUGUUAAUAAACAGCUAGCUGACAAAGAAAGAGUCUCAGCCGCUUUGGAAAACAGCAAUCUACUUGAAGUUGUUAAUCAAUGCUUAGUAAAAAGUUUGGAAUAAUAACCAUUUGAUCAAUACAUUAUGGAUGAAAAUGCA